AUGUCUAGAAAUAUUACUCAAGAACCAAAAGACCAGGCGCCGUUGCACAGAGAUGUUCCGGAGACUGAACACAAUGUCCAGAGGCCCGCAAUUGCAUCAUUGGUUGGGACAACCAAACCUGUUAUGGUUUUCACCCGCCCAGAGCCACCAUCAAAGCCUAGAUCUUACAUGCCCCAGGAAUCGGUCAAGCCCCGUGUUGCUAGAAAGUUUCCAGUCAUAGAGAAGAAGGUGUCAAAAAAGCAAAAAGUGACACCAGCAUCUUCCUUCAAGAUGAAGAAAGACUUUGAUGUUAGGUCAGCUGAAGACAGUGAUGACAGUAGCACGUCUUCCAGUUCUGAUUCCCAGGAUAGUGAGGACUUGGAAAAAAGAGUAAAACGUAGUAAGAAGAAAAAGAAAAAGCAUUUGAGGAAGUCCCAGACCUUGGCUACAUCAGAGCAAGGUCAAGUUGGCAGUGGUGACCCCACAAGCUCCUUGUCUCCUACAGCAGACAGAUUGCCUCAUGUGGAGGAACCUCCUGCUACUGACUCAAAAUGGGACCACAACAGUGCAAAGGGAACCAUAGAAAGAGCAACCAUAAGUGUGGUGUCACCAGUUAAGACCACAGCCAGGUCGGUAGAUGAAAUAAUAGCCUCGCUGCGGUCUCCUCAGUCAUAUACGGCUUCAGACUUGAUGAUAAAGGAGUUAAUGGAGAGUGUAUUAGGACUGGACUAUAACAUAACAUCUGGGGAAACUACGGAGGAGAAAACCCAUGAAGAAGAAAAAGAGACAAUUCAGCCUCAUCUGGACGAUCCUGAAACAUCACAGGCAGAAGCUCAGCCUCCAGAGCAGCCUGAGCUCCAGGUUCCUGAGGCAGACACCACACUGAUGGAUCCCAGGCUUUCUACUGAAAUGUCUCUUUUCAUGGAUAAAGAUGACGAAGAACCAAGUCACCAAAGGUCCAGGUCCACUGGGGAGCAAACCAUUAAAUCAGUGAAGACGGAGGAAAUUACAGAAGAAGAAGCCAAAGAAAUCCUCAAGUCAUCGUCACAGAUCUCCAUCUCGGACAUCAUUCAUGUGAAAGGAGGUGCAGCGCCACUGACGAGACGCGAGACACCAAAGAUUCGACCUUCUGCGGCUCUUCUUGCCACCUGGACGCCAAGAGCAAAAUUUGGUGAACAUCAGACAAUCCAUCACCUCUGCACCUUGUCACCCAACCAUGUCCUACCAAGCUACCUUCAAGUGUCUUCACGGGUGCAUCACACAGUGGACAGAAAAGGCCAUAAUAUCGAGCUGAAUGUUACCAUCGCGCCCGAAAGGAACCAAGUAAUUGACGCCAAAUACGGCUUGCCAAAUGGCUGUGAAGAAGAAGACUGGGGGCCUCUACAGGAUGGAAUUUCAGCCUCUUCAUUACCGUCUCUGGACCAGAAGGGUGGUGUUGUUACCCUGCCUCCUCGAAAUCCACAGAGCCUACCGCAGUGGCAGAAGAUUGCUGAAUAUUAUGUGGAAGGACCCCGAAUGCAGCUUGUUGGAGAACAGGCUUUUCUGAACCCAGGAACGCUGAAGAUGUUCUGGGCUCCAGCUCCUCCCAAAUUCUCAUCUCCUCUGUCACUGAUGCAGAAGACCCUGUUCGCCAAGUAUGAGAGCUGCUUGGAUGAACAGGAUGAAGUAGAAGAAUUUGCGUCCAUUCAGGCAGAGAGCGAGUCGUCAGAUGAGGAGAAUGUAGAAGACCUGGCGAUGCUGGACAGAAUUUUAUCUCGGAGAUAUCAAUCAUUGCCAGAUGUCCAUCUGUCAUCUUCAUCUGCUGGAUCGUCAAUGAAAUCAAUCUCUACCCCAGAUCUAUCAGUCCAUAGGGAAAGUAUGUUUCAUCUUUCAGCUGACUUUCAGACCAGUAUGAAAGAGCUGGAAAUGUGGAAGCAGCAGUGUUACAAGUCAGAAAUAACUCUACCAGCUGGUCCUGGUGUCCAUAAUGAAGUUCAUGAAGAAGAAGAAGCACAAGCUGCAGGGCCUCUGCCACACAGCACCCUGAAGCCAGUCUUACCUGUGGAGAAAGGCAAUGAGUCCUUUUCUUCUGAUUCUGGAGUUGUCACAGCUCACGUCUUAAAAAGUGUUAUUCCCUUUAAGAAUAAAUUAAAGGAAAAGAGAAGACUCCUGCAUCCAUCAAAGUUCCAGGGAGUUCUACAGAAGCUGAACCAACCACCCUGCACCAUACAAAGAUCUAUAUCCCUGGUAAGAACACCAGUCAGACCAAGCUCUGCUCAGCGUCUGAGGAGCAAAAGUCUUCCACCCCAGCUAGAUUUUUCUUGCUUCUUGAAGACACACGGUGGCUUCCAGACUGGUCAGGAUAUUCGUGAAUGGGUGAGAGAUAUCUGGAACAAUUGGUUUGAUGAGGUUUUUCCACCAAGUCAGGCAUCGGUUGAGGAUGACCACAAGUAUUUUGAUAUGACUGGCGUCAUUCAUACUGAACAAGUUGCCAAGGAGGAAACGUCAUGGACCAUUGGAUUGGAUUCAAUACCUGCACUUCUGGUUGAAGACCCAGCAGCAUCAGUACAAGAUGUAAUGGGAGAGAUUUCUGAUUUGACCAAUCGAAUAGAACAACAGAAGACACCUUCGAUAUUUCACUACUGUAGAAGGGGUGCACUUCACAGAAAGAUUGGGAAUUUAACACUGGCUCUUCAAGAUUUGGACUUGGUUAUAAAACAUGAACCACAACUGCUGGAUGCAUAUUGGCACCGACAUUUAAUUUACCUUCUGCAAGGCAAGACAAGCGAAGCUUUGGAUGACCUGAACCUUAUUACUAAAUAUAAUAAAACUCACGCAGAUGCCUACUUGUCCAAAGCUGAGAUCUACAAGCAGAAGAAAGACUACACCAUGUCCAUCAUGAAUUACACGCAAGCUCUUAAAUGUAGACCUACUGAUGAUGACAUAUAUUACCGGCGAGCACACAUGUAUGAGGCUCAGGAUGAGCUCAUAAUAGCAAUGGAUGACUAUGCACAGUGCUUCUACCAUAACCCCAGCCGCACUGAUGCACUCAUGAAGCACGGGGUGUACUAUUUCGAGAAUGGCAACUGGAAUGUCUCUGUGCAGGAUUUCACUGCAGUCAUCAAACAGGACUUUGACAACAUAGAGGCCAGAAUGUACCGUGGAAGAGCUUACACUAAACUCGCCCGCCAUGACGAGGCGGCAGAGGAUUUUUCAUCUUGCAUUCACUUGGAUCCGAGAAACUGGAUGGCUUUUUAUUAUCGGGGAUGCCUAUUGCGUAAAUGCUAUCGAAAGCACGCACUUCAAGACUUCAGCAUCUCUGUGUUUCUUCAUGAUGGAUUUGAGAACCUCAAUGCCUUUCUUCAUCGUGGCGUACUCUACACAGACCUGGGCCUGUGGGAUGAGGCUGCUUUCGAUUUUGAACACGUCCUUGCCUUAGAUAAAUCCGUGCCUGUGGCACAUGUGAACCUGGGUCUGAUUUGCCUGCUUCACCGAGACCAGUACUCUCUAGCAGUGCGCCACUUCUCUGCAGCGAUAAAAGUCGACCCUCUAUGUAUCCGAGCAUAUCUCUGCAGGGCACAGGCCUACAGACAGAUGAAAGAUUUGCGUAGUGCCUUGAAAGAUGUAACACGUGCCAUUCAUCUGCGCCCAGACUCCCCUGAACCCUAUAUCAUUCGGGGACAGUAUCUCUAUGAAAUGAAGAGGUAUGACCUUGCCAGCUUCUGUAUUCAUUAUGCAGCGGAGAGGACUCAAGGUUCCUCACCAGUACAGCAAGCCCUUGUGCAGUCCUUCCACCAGCAGUACAACAGUGCCAUAGACUGCUUGGUGUCUGCCAUAAAGGAUAAACCAGUUCCAGCUCUGAUAGUCCUGUUGGGUAAAAUUAAAAUGAAGGCCAAGAAAUACAAGGAAGCGAGUGAAAGCUUCAGACAGGCACUUGACCUCCUGGACCAAUUAGAUGAGAGGUCACCCACCACUGACAAGGCCGACAUCUUCUACCUGCUGGGCCUGUGCUACAUGGAGCAAUUUAAGUUUUUGCAGGCCCUUGAGGCGCUGACCAGUGCCGUGAGAAAUCGCUCUGGUUUUUGCGAUGCUUAUUAUCAACGUGGACUCUGUCGCAUGCGUCUCCAGCAAUCAAAGUGUGUGCAGGAUUUUAACAAAGCUCUCCAGAUAAAUCCAGGACAUUUCCAGGCCUUUUUGUGCCGAGCAGCUUUCUAUGGAUUUAGAAAGAGAUAUUCCAAAGCCAUCAUGAAUUGCAAUGCUGCAAUCAAAGUGCAGCCGCACAGCGUAAGAGCUUAUCUCUACAGAGGAGCACUAAAGUACUACAUUAAGGCAUAUAAAUUGGCAAUUCAAGACUUAACAAAAGCCACAGAGUUGGAUCCGUCUUGCUCCCUUGUGUAUUACAACAGAGGAGUCUGCUACCAUCAGAUCAAGAUGUACGAAGAGGCACUGAAGGAUUACGGUAUUGUUCUUCUACUUGGAGGAUGGAAGGAAGUAGAUCUUAAGGUUCUUGUCAAUCGUGGACUACUGUACCUUGAAUUACAUGACUACGCCAAUGCACUAGAGGAUUUUAAAGCUGUGGCUAUGAAAACUCCUGGUGAUAUGAAGAUCCAUCAGGUUAUAGGGAACUGUCAUCACAGGUUACAGCAGUAUGAUGAAGCCGUGCGGUCAUUCAGCCAAGUGUUAGAAAUAAACCCGCUGACUCCUGAGGGCUACAUUGGCCGUGGCAAUGCAUUCAUGGAAUAUGGGCACCAAGAGGGCAUUAAGCGUGCUCAGAUGGACUUUGUGAAGGCCCUUCACCUGAAACCCACAUGUAUUGCAGCAAGGAUCUGUCUGGGAUAUAAUUUCCAGGCCCAAGGACUUCUUCAACGAGCUUGGAACCAGUUUACUGUGGCCCUGGAUAUUGAUGCAAGAAGCAUGCUGGGAUUUGAGGGACGUGCUAUUGUAAAUUUGCAGAUUGGGGACACAUUUGCUGCUCUGCAGGAUAUGAAUGCUGCGUUAAAGCUUGGUGUGACUGCACAACUGCUCACAAAUCGAGGAGUCAUCCAUCAGUUCAUGGGGAAGUUACCCAAUGCGAUGCGGGAUUACCAGUCAGCAAUUACUGCCAAUCCCAAGUAUUCAUUGGCUUACUUCAAUGCAGCAAACCUAUAUCUCCAUAACCGGCAGUUCUCACAGGCUGAAGAAUGCUACUCCCUUGCCAUAGACCUGGAUCCUGAGAAUGAAUCAGCUGUUCUGAACCGUGGGAUCACAAAUAUGCUUCUACAAGAUGCACAAGGAGCACUGGAGGAUUUUCAUAGGGUCCUAGACCUCUGUCCAGUAUCUUCUGCUGCAUAUUUCAACCGCGCCACUUUACAUAACACUUUACAUGAAUACCAGCAAGCCGAAAGCGACAUAUCUCAAGCUUUGCUUCUUCAACCUGGAGAUCCCCUGAUGUACAAGCUGAGAGCGGACAUAAGAGGAAAAAUGGGACUGGCUAAAGAAGCCAUUGAGGAUUAUGAGCAAGCUAUAACAAUAUUACAACAGUCUUCCCAGACUCAGGGACUCGCCAAAGUGGAAAGGCAUCAUUGACAUAUUGGGGACGUCAUUUCAGGGCAUUGGUCUGGAUCUGUUCCUUGUAUGCUCACACAUGUAAGAACCUUAAAGGGGAUUUCUUAUCUCAGCAAUUGUGGUAUAUUGCUGGGAUAUGCUACAAAUGUCAGAUAGGUGCAGGUCCUACCUUUGGGAACCGCUCCGAUCUCCAGGACAGUGAAAGCAGAGCAGCUGCCCAUGCACAUCUUCUAUUCACCGCUAUAGGAUUUCCAAAAAUAGCCAAGUGCUGGCUCAGCUAUUUUCAGCAGUCCCAUAGUGGUAAAUGGAGGUGGUCGUACUUGUGCGGCUUGCUGUCCGUUCACUGCUAUGGAACUUAUAAAAAUAGCCAAGUGCGCUUGCUCGGGUAUUAGUCUCAUAGCAGUGAAUGGACAGAAUGUGGUGUGCCCUACUUCACAUCGGGGGCCCGUUUUGGAGAUAGGAGCAGGUCCCAGAAGUGGGGCCAGCACCUAUCUGACAUUUGUGACAUAUCCUUAAUGAUAUGCCAAAAAUGCUGAGAUUGGACAAACCCUUUAAGACGUUUUUCUAAAAGUUUGUGAACCUGCACGGAAUCAUUGCGAAUCCUUGAAUGCCUCAAAUGUGAGCAGUAGGCUGCGUUGACUUGUUGACAUUAUAUCCAUAGGGAUGGCAUAUCAUGAAUGCUUUGUCCACUGGACUUCAAGAUGCCAUGGACAAAACAUCAGCAUGGCCUUUAGCCAUUGCAUAAUGUAAUCAAGUCUCAUGACAUCACUAUAGACACAGUUCUGGAGCGCAAGGGACUGAAGAAGAAUUUUGUGUUUUUGUUUUUUAAUUAUCGAAGAUUCCUGGUCUUUGUGAAGAAUUUGGUAAGUUCCUGAAAAGCCACUUAAACCUUG